GACUGCACGCUGUAGCGGAGCCGCUGCCCCAAAAAAAAGAAAGAAAGAAAGGCCACCCCCUUUUCUCCUCUGCCGCUGCCCUUUCCCGGGACAGCCUCGCGCGUCCUCGGCCGAGGUGGAGCGAGGGAAAGCCAAGCGAGCCGGGGAGGGAGCAGGUGCCGCGGGCAUCGCGCCGCUAGCAGAAGGCGGCGGCGACUGCGGCGGCUGUCCUCCUGCAAGCCGCCCGGCGGAGGAGAGAAUGCCCGAGGAAGGUGAGAGCCAAGGGCGAGGGGAUUCCUCGAACGCCGCCGUCCGGCGACAACGGCCCAACGGCUGCAGCAAAGCAGCUGAGCAGGAGGAAGAGGAAGGAGGCUCCGCAGAGCAAGGCGCCAGGCCCACCCGAGCUGGCUGGCCCCCGGGGGAAGAUGCCCGGCUCACUGUCCUGGGGCAAGAGGGGGUCAUGUUCAAGAGAAGAGCGGUGGAAGAUCUGCAGCCCAUUGGAGAGCCGAGGGGCUCCGAAGAAGCCCUGAUGGGGGAGCUCUCCGAGAUGGUACACAAGGUGGUGAAGAGCAGCAGCUGGUGGGAGAGGCACGGCGUGGAUGACACCAUCAUUGCUCUGAACCUCUUUAGCCUACCCCUAGGAUUCCUGCUUCUCCGUUCCAGUAAUCCUUUUGUGUUCCUGCUGGGCAUUAUUGUCCUGGGUGUGGCCCAUCAUACUCUCGCUGUGAAGGCAAGCCACUUGGCUAGCCACAAUUCUCUGGUGGAAUCCAAAUCAUGGGGGAAAUUAUGGAGCAUAUUCUUCAUUGAGGUUUGUUCCUCUUUCACAGCAGAACGAGGGUCCUACAAUCAUGUCAAAAUGCACCAUGCUUAUACAAAUGUCAUUGGCCUUGGGGAUUCCAGUACUUGGAAGAUUCCUUUCCUGAACCGUUAUGUUUAUAUGUUCAUUGCACCUAUUGCUGUACCUGUCAUCACUCCUUUGGUAGCCAUUGGUUUACUCACAGAAGUGGAACUGAAAACUGCCCUUCGGACUCUGUGUUGUAUAUUCAUUGGUCUGUAUGGCCAUUGUUGGCUACUGUUUAAUAUCUCAGAGUUCCAGUCUAUCUGGUCUGCACUUGGCUGUAUGUUGAUCACCCGUGCUCUCCUCGCCCAUGCAUACAUCCAUGUCAAUAUCUUCCAGCAUAUUGGCCUACCCAUGUUUUCACCUGAUAAGAAGCCAAAACGCAUCUACAUGAUGAGCUGCGGAGUUCUCAAUUUGCCUCGAAAUCCUCUGUUGGACUGGGCUUUUGGACACUCACUCAUUAGUUGUCAUGUGGAGCAUCACCUCUUCCCAUCUUUUUCUGAUAACAUGUGCCUGAAGAUAAAACCUGUGGUUUCUCAGUAUUUGAAAAAGAAGAAAUUACAAUACAAUGAGGAUUCUUACUGGUCCCGCUUGAAGCUAUUCCUGGACAAAUAUGAAGAACUGAUGGUCCAUGCACCUCCUAUUUCUGAACUUGUGGGGAUUCAGUAAUGGUACUUUUAUGGCUAGAGCUAGGACCUUAAGGCAGCAUGGUUUCUUUUUCCAAGAUCAAUACAUUUAAAGACUAAGUUAUCAAGGGAAAAUAACUAUGUUAUUUAUGUCUUCCAUAUCGGUCAAGCAAAAAUGCUGCCCAGUAAUGGGUCAUAGGGGAAAAUCAAUAGUUCCAAUUAAUUCAAUUGUAUUAUCUUUGAUUUUCUUCUCUGCUGUAAUAAUCUUUGCACACUGAUAUAUUUAAUGGAUUAUUUCCAUUCUGCUAUUCUGCAACUUGAGGGAGGGAAAUCUAAGGGCUAUUUAAUGUUCUUCCUCAUAAUUAAAAUGACUUCCAAGUUAAAAGACAUUUGCAUAGUACAAACUUUGACAAGUUCGGUGUAGCAAUUUCUUUUCCUCAUCUUGGGUAUUCGACAGCAAAACAUAGAUCACUGCCACUAACUGAUCUAAAAUCCACACUGCAGAAAAUGCAAGCUAUCUUCGCAAUAUAUGCAUUUUUAGAGCAGCUCAACUGGUGCCUUCUAGAUAUGCAGAGACUCCAAUUACCAGAAUGCCAGCUAGCAUGGGAAUUUCUGAAAUUCUAGUACAUCUGGAAAGAACACUGGGAAAGAAACUUAUUAGAGGAAGCUUUUCCUAGAGGUUAGAAGAAACAUGAAAAAAAACUGGCAUUGACUGUUGGACCGAUAUUUCCAUAGCUCUGAUUAUAUGAGAAUGUAUGUGGUAAAGAAAUAGCUCUUGUCAGAUGCUUCAUAGAUUUUCAUUUUUUAGCACACUCUCAGCAGAUAGCAAUCCCUAGACUACUUUGACUGUUCUGGGAAGCUAUGAAUGGUCAGGUCAAGUCUGUGCUUAGUAGACCUCCAUAGACUAUCAUGUUUGAGGGCCAAACUGGGAAAUCAAAAACCACCCUGGAAGACGGCAGCAGUAGCCACUUCUGUACAGUUGCCAACUUCCUACUCCCCAUAUAUGGGAUCCGUUAUUGCAUUGCCAAGAGUUGAGCUUGACCUGAAGGAAACUUUACUAAAAUUUCUCCUCUUGCAAGAAGCCCCCCCCAAAAAAAAGCUUCUGUAAACUACGAUGCUGAACGGUUGAAGGAAAUAGAAUUGUCAUUACCGGCGGAUGUUUUAUUAACACAAAUGAUGCAAAGAAGGAUUGUAUAAAAGUUCCUGCUGACAAAUGUGGUGAUAUCUAUGCAAAGAGAGAAUAAAUUAUUUCCCAAUCCACUUUGUGGAGGGAGUGUGGUUUAAUAAAAGGAACAACGUAAAAAGCAAGCAGAUUAGGCAAGGAAAAGCAGCAAGUAGAUAUACUUGAAAAAAAUAUUUUGAAAUAAACACUAACUGACCUGA